ACGAAACUCCAGUGCUUUGCCAACUAAACAUUCUUACGCUUUUUUUCUGUUUCCAUCUUCACGGCUUGGCGGAGCUCCUCUGCUUCUCCCUGGGCCAAGAAAAAUAAAAACUAAACAACUUCAGGUUUCUCGACACCCACUCUCCGACAAAUCCAUCCUUUCCUUCCUCUUGUUUGCAGACCUCUUAAGCGAUACCAGCUCUCUCCAUUACCCCCUUCUAUUCUUCCAUAUUCCUUCCUCCUUUGGUUCGUUCUUCUUCUCUCCCCAUUAUUACUUUUCCUUAGACUGUUUCUUUUGGAGCCUUCUUCUUGGUUCUCCCACCCUUCUCUUGCUCUGUCUCUGAUCAAAGAUGUAUUAAAAAUCCAUUUUUUCCUCAUCAGAAGCUCAGAUCCAUAUGGCGUCAAGACCACCGAUGGCGCUGGUACUGGCAGCGUUCCUUCUCUUGGUGGAAUGGGGCUCGGCGGCGGCGGCGGCGGCGGCGGCAGGGGAGGAGACGUGCUCCGGGAUAGUGCCGAUGAAGGAGCGGGGAACGGCAAUGUCGGUGGAGGAUUUCGGCGGGGUGGGGGACGGCCGGACGCUCAACACGGCGGCUUUCGAGAAGGCCGUGGCGGAGAUCGAACGGCGAGGGGUGGCCGGUGGCACCCUCUACGUCCCGCCGGGGGUCUGGCUCACGGGGGUCUUCAAUCUCACCAGCCAUAUGACCCUUUUCCUCGCCAGGGGCGCCGUCAUCAAGGCCACCCAGGAUACAUCGAGCUGGCCUUUGAUCGAUGCUUUGCCAUCAUAUGGGAGAGGUCGGGAGCUACCUGGUGGGAGAUAUAUGAGUCUGAUUCAUGGAAAUGGAAUUCAUGAUGUGAUAAUAACAGGUGAGAAUGGAACAAUUGAUGGGCAAGGCGAGGUCUGGUGGAAUAUGUGGAGGCAAAGAACCCUACCUUUCACAAGACCAAAUAUAUUGGAGCUCAUGCAUUCUAAAGAUAUUAUUAUUUCUAAUGUGGUCUUCCAAAACUCACCAUUUUGGAACAUUCACCCUGUUUAUUGCAGUAAUGUGGUAGUAAGAAAUGUGACCGUGUUGGCUCCAUAUGACUCUCCUAACACGGAUGGAAUCGAUCCAGAUUCCAGCUUAAAUGUCUGCAUAGAGGACUGCUAUAUUUCAACAGGGGAUGAUCUAGUAGCUGUGAAAAGUGGGUGGGAUGAGUAUGGCAUGGCCUAUGCCCGCCCCAGCUCUGGCAUCACCAUUCGGCGGUUGACCGGCUCCUCUCCUUUUGCCGGAAUCGCAGUUGGAAGCGAAACCUCCGGUGGGGUGGAGAAUGUCUUAGUGGAGAGCAUACAUAUCUAUAACACUGGUAUUGGGAUACAUAUAAAAACCAAUUCUGGUAGGGGUGGGUAUAUAAGAAACAUAACCGUCUCCGGUGUGAAUCUGAGCAAUGUUCGCAAGGCUCUGAGAAUUGCAGGUGAUGUUGGAGAUCAUCCUGACGACAUGUAUAAUCCAAAUGCUCUUCCAAUUGUCAAUGGUUUGACCAUCAAGGAUGUGUGGGGUGUGGAUAUCCAGCAGCCUGGGUCGAUAGAUGGCAUCAAGAACUCACCCUUCACAGGGGUGUGUCUUUCUAAUGUCAAGCUUAAUGGUGAUGGAACACGGGAAGUGCCAUGGAAGUGUGCGGAUGUGAGUGGUGGUGCCCUCGGGGUGCAGCCAUCACCAUGCACGGAGUUGACAAGUAUUUCUGGGUUGAGCUUUUGUACGAAUGCAAUCUGAUGUUCUAUCAUUUGUUGGAUGCCGUUGUCACUAAGAAAAUGCAUGUCUUUGCCAUUUGGCUGAUGGAAAUAAAAUUUGAGCAUAAAAUUUGGUGCUAUUAUAAAGAUAUGCAGCUUGUAUAUGAAAGAAUCUAUAUCUCAUGAUUUUCAAAGCAUGAAAAUAUUUGAAGUUAUCGACCAAGUGCCGGAGGUAUUGCCGAUAUAAGUAUCAACCAGGCAGAAGAUAAGCUCUGUUUCUGUGCAACUAACAAAAAUGCGGGUUGAUUUUUAUUGAACUAGAGUGGCUAUCAUAGUACAGUUGCAGUGUUAUGCUGGAAAGAGAUCUAAGAUAUGGCAUACUACAAUUUGCAGUAUUAUGCUAUCUAGUUAACAAGCAGCAUUUGCAAACGGGCUUAAAUUGUUAUCUAUUGUAAUUUCAUUGGAUGCAUAUACAGUUAUUCUAGAGUAUGGUUUAAUAUUUGAUGGUCCUUGACU